UUCUAAGGAGGCAAAAUGUGGCUAUGUGAUCAUCCUCAUGGCUUUGUACUGGUGCACAGAGUGUUUGCCGUUAGCAGUGACUGCUCUGCUGCCUGUUGUCAUGUUUCCAAUGAUGAACAUUAUGGAGGCUGGGAAGGUGAGCAUAGAGUACUUGAAGGACUCCAACAUGCUUUUUAUCGGCGGGCUGCUGGUGGCCAUUGCUGUGGAGCACUGGAACCUCCACAAACGCAUUGCCCUCAAGGUCCUGCUGCUGGUUGGAGUCCGCCCCUCACUGUUGAUGCUGGGGUUUAUGAUCGUCUCUUCGUUCCUCUCGAUGUGGAUCAGUAAUACAGCCACCACAGCCAUGAUGUUACCCAUCGCUUAUGCCGUCCUGCAGCAGCUCAGAGCCACAGAAGCACACGCGGAUGAAAUGGAGGACUGCCGAGCCGAGGACAACACAGCCUUUGAGCUGCAGGAAACACACGCCAACGGAGCUGUGACCAAGAAACAACUGGAUGUGAUUCAAGAGGAGAGAUGCAAUGAGACGGUACAACAGGCACAGCGGGAAGCAAGGAGUAAAGCGCGGGAGGCUAAGUAUGAUCUGCUGACCAAAGGCAUGAGUCUGAGUGUGUGUUACUCCGCUAGUAUCGGGGGGACAGCUACUCUCACUGGGACCACCCCAAACCUCAUCCUCCAGGGCCAGAUGAAUCAACUGUUCCCGCAAAAUGGAGGCAUUAUAAACUUUGCAAGCUGGUUCGGCUUUUCUUUCCCAAACAUGAUCCUGAUGCUCAUCUUCUCUUAUCUCUGGCUACAGUUUAUGUUCCUCGGCUUCAAUCUGAAGAAGUCCUUUGGUUGUGACGAGAAGAACGAGCGUGAUCGAGAGGCGUAUGCAGUGAUGAAGGAGGAGUACAGAAAGCUGGGGUCCAUGUCUUUUGCAGAGAUCAUGGUUUUGGUGAUUUUUGUCCUGUUGGUUUUACUGUGGUUCACCAGAGAGCCGGGCUUCAUACCGGGAUGGGCCACUGUCCUGUUUAACAAGGAGCUGACGUAUGUUUCCGAUGGAACAGUGGCUAUUUUAAUGUCGAUGCUCUUUUUCGUGGUGCCUUCCCAGCUACCAAGAUGGGGAGGAUAUGGCUUCAAUGAUGCUGUGGAGAUAACACUGUUCUAUGCACUAAUUAUGGUGGGAUGUCCCACAGGGAAGCUGGUGAAGGCUCCUCCCACACUGCUGGACUGGCAGGUGGUGCACGAGCGCAUGCCCUGGAACAUCAUCCUGCUGCUAGGAGGAGGCUUUGCUUUGGCAAAGGGCAGUGAGGAGUCUGGCUUGUCUAAAUGGCUCGGGCAGAGCUUGGCACCUCUGGAGAAGAUUCCUCCUUUUGCCAUUUCUCUGCUGCUCUGUUUGCUAGUGGCCACUUUCACCGAGUGCUCCAGUAACACAGCCACAACCACUCUGUUUCUGCCCAUCCUCGGCUCCAUGGCCUCUGCCAUUAAACUUCAUCCUCUGUACAUAAUGCUGCCCUGCACCAUCGCUGCGUCUCUGGCCUUCAUGUUACCUGUAGCCACUCCACCCAACGCCAUUGCUUUCUCCUUUGGGAACCUCAAAGUCCUUGACAUGGUAAAAGCUGGCUUCAUGCUGAACAUCAUUGGUAUUUUGUGCAUAAACUUAGGUAUCAACACCUGGGGCUACGCCAUGUUUGAUUUGGGGACGUUUCCUACAUGGGCCAAUGUUACAAUUGUUAAUAACACUACAACACCAUAAUCUUGUUCUCAGUUAGUGCUUCCUUGUUUCUCUCUCUCAUAUAUAUCAUAUAUAUAUGUAGAGAGAGAUAUACAUACAUACUACAUA